AACUUUUGUUCAAGAUCAUAGCCUCAGGGAUCAAUGAAGCUCGGUUUAGAGUCAACAAUUUAUUUUCUAGCCCUCCUGGCAUAUGUUCUUCAAGUCGCUCUUGCUAUUCAUUGCUUCAAGUGCACAUCCCCAACGUCAUGGUCGCACUGCGAUCUUCUUGUGAACCAAGAAGCCAAUCGAGACUGCCCAGCGGACAAGAUCCGAUGUAUAGCUGUGAUGGAAAGGAAAAAUCCAAGAGAACGGGUGGAAUACAGGAAAGACUGUGCUAACCGUCUUGAAAAUCCGUGUCAUGAAAAACGUGUAGAGGAUUGUAGGUCCACCUUAUGUGAUGGUGACCUGUGUAACUUUGCUCUCACCCCAUCAGCCACCCUCAUAGCUUCUGGCUUCCGCUGCUUCCGUUGUAUAAGCACAAAAUCUUGGGACGACUGCGUUGAAAAAGCUGAAGAGAUCAUCUGCGACACAGGCUACAGAAAGUGCUACAAACUGGAGUUUAAGAGGGAAAACGGCGUCACUGAAUACAUAAAAGACUGCACUGUUCCUCUGGCCUGUGGAAACUCGUCAAUCAAUAUGCCUCAAGCCGAACGUCGCAACAUUAAGUGCUGUGGCCAACAUCUUUGCAACGAGGCGAGUAUCAAGAGCUCCCCUGUGGCAAUAUUUGGUCCUCUUCUCCUUGUCAUUGUGGUAUUCCUUUUUGAUGCCCAAAACAAUUUGUGAGUAAUCAGCAUCCCCUUAAACUUUUAACUCCCAGAAGUGAUUUAUUUGUAACCUCUCCCUAUUAUAUCCCUACAUUAUCCAGCCAACAGGUAAUGAGAAUACUCAGACUUAUCAGAAAGUAGUUGUUACCUUGA